AUUAACCAUGGUCCAGUAACAGCAGGAGUAGUAGGGGCUAGAAAACCACAAUAUGAUAUCUGGGGGGAUACAGUUAAUGUUGCUAGUAGAAUGGAUAGCUCUGGAGUUUUAGAACAGAUCCAGGUAAGAAAUUUACUAGCUUUACAAUAUUCUCUAAUUACAGAAACCAUUAACUUUGGAUGGAAAAUUGAAAUGGUGCAAAUAGAAGUCAUAAAUGGCCCUGAUAAAUAUAAAGAUAAGAAAACCUCUGUAAAUUAUGUUAUAUGUAUAUUAUGA